AUGUCCAAGGACGGGCCUCGCUACAGCGGUAGCCUCGUGGCCCUCGAGGGUCUGUCUGAGACUGCCCUCGAAACCCAAUUGCGCCUGUUGCCCGCAUCGUCGCAAAUCCUCGUCUUGCCAAGCAUUCGCAACUAUCUCGGCACGGACGAUGCGCUCGUGACCCCGUUUGCACCUUCCUCGUCCGGCCCGUCCUCUACCUCAGUAUCCGCUCUUCCCAAAUCGGCAUUGUCCACCUCCGUCGCUCCUUCCACAUCCAGACUGUCCAAAUCGCCAUCAACAACAUCGACCCAUUUUGAUCUUCGCCGCUACAUCAAAAGCAUCCACAAUGCCGCCGCUGCACGGCAAGCCAUCGCCCUAGAGUUUCUCCAGGACAAUGAAACGCACACCACCCCCUCAACGACGUCCAAGACACCGCCAAAGAAACUUGUUUUUCUCAAUGGCGGUACGGUCACAAGCCACGCGCUGUGCAUCGAGGCCAUUCGACAGCACGACGCGGCCGCCGGCGGCAACCUGGAACAGGCCGCGCUUCUAUUUGAUCAGCUUACGGCUCAUGGCGUCGCGGGGCUGGAUGAGACGUCGGCAACCCCGAUGGCAGCCGAGACAAACCGGCUCGACAAUGUUGCCAUUGGCGACGACGAUGAGUAUGUGGAACGUGAUGACGACGACGAGGAGGGUGAUCCUGCCACAAAGGCUAUGCGCGCCGCCGAUGCUCUGGACCGCAGGACGGAGGGUCUGCAGCCCAGCACACACAUCCUCGACUUGACUGUCACCAAGAAGCCACGGCCACGCAGUUUGAGUCUGCCCAUCCACGGUGAUUUGCUGGAGCUAUGGGAUGCCGGACGCCGCCCGAGUCUUGCUCCAACCGCAAACACAAAUAACACAAAUACCACAAACACGACCGACAACGACAAUGUCGACAAUGACGACACAAGCACCAUCAACAACCGCAGCUUCUACUGGGUCCCGCCUAGUAUGGCGGCUGGUGCCGCGGGCAGCGAGAUAUACGACGCCAACAAUUUUAGCUUCAUCACGUCGGCAUCCCCCACCCGCGGCAGUUCGCCCACCUCCACCAUCUUCCCCGUCUCGAUGCGGCUCGACGCCAUUGCCUCGCAACAACAAAAGAGGCAACCGAGGAAAUCCCCGUCACCUUCGCCGGCCCGCCAGUAUGUCUCGUAUCGCCCGGCUACCAAGGGUGAUACAGCGCGUACCGUUGUGCUUGACCCUGCACCACGUGGAAGGACGGCUCGCCGGCGAGCCUCGCAGGUGGCUGCUCUUCGUAACAAUGGCGACAACGAGGACAAUAAUGACGACGAUAUGCCCUUCUACACAUACCACCACCAGCUGCCCCGGCGACGCGCUCGGUCACUCGAACGAAAGCCGUCCAUUGGUGCCGGUAGCUUUAGUGGCAUCAGCAGCAUCAGUGGCAUCAGUGGCUUCAGCCGGUUUAGCGGACUCAGCGGCAGCAGCAACGGCAAUGGCAAUGGCCUCGGCAUGAACAUGAACUUCUUCCUGAGCACCAGUAGCCGCGAGCCGUCAUCGACGCGGCCCCGGCGCACGUCCAACGUCAGUGAUGACACCACGUCUAUGGCCACAUCGGCCAUUGGCACCAAACCGUCCAUCUCGUCGUCUUCCUCAUCCAAGUUCAUGCCAACAGGGACGGGCAUCCCCGACGUGCCGCUGUUGCCAGGAGCCGAUGUACUAGAAAAGAUGGCUAUACGCAGGAAGACGAAGACAAAAUCAAAACAAGCCCAAACAGCAGCAACCUCGGAUGCGCAGAAGAAGCCGCAGCUUCGCCUAAAGACGACCGCCUCCGUCACUAACGUAUCCUCACCACUGACGUCUCGUUACGUUGACCGUGGCACGGAUGCCAGCCAGGCGGGUGCCAACGGUGCCAGUAAACAAAUUGUCUUUGAGCUAGUGCUUCCCCUGGUCGAAGACUUAGUCGUUCAAUUUGACGACGACGGGAGUAACGCGAGCAACUCGGCACUGGAACUGGCGAUCCAACGCUGUCGCGAGCUUGACGGGGCGCAGAUUAUCCACCAACGAGACUCGUCUGUCCACGAUACAGUGAUCUCAAAGCACAUAUUAUCCAACGGCGAACACCAUUCAUUUGACCAAAAGACUAUGUCGUCGACCUUGCCCGAAACACCAAAGUCUUCGUCACACGGUCAAUCUUCAUCCUCCUCGCCCACUGCAUCUGCCUCCCUUCUUCUAGGCACAGCCACGACCAUACCUGCAACCCAGGCCACAGGUACCUUCAGCACAGACGAUUAUGAUCCGUUUGCGCCACAUGAGUACAAUGCUGGCCGCAAGGUGCAGUUGCCCAUCGCAGUGCCUAUCGCUAUGCAGCCACAGGCUGCGCCAUCCAUCAAGACGCCGCAGCCCCUAACUCCCGCUCACACACCGCCGCCACACCAGAGGCUAGACGGGGACAUUGACCCGGACCCCCAAGUCGGUUCUCGUUUCCAUGUUCUUGAUACGGCAAAAUACCAAACAGCCCUGGCCCUGCACAAUGCACUACGUUCUAUACUAGGUUUCCACUUUCCGGAAGACCAUGAGAGCGAAGAGACAAAUGCCAACCUCGACUCGCUGACCUCAGAGAGCCUUACCAGCUUUCUCUUUUCCGUUGUGCCAGGAAUGGAGGGUAGCAGCAUGUGGGCGCCAUUGCUGUCUGGAAACCGGACCGAACAGAAAGUGGAUGCCAAUAUGGAAGCAGAGACACCCGUUACGGAUAUGGUGCUCGCCUUCGGCAGCCAGCGUGAUGUGCCAUCUUCACUCCGGGCAAAGAUUAUGGGCCAGUUGGAUGCCCUCACUAGCCAACCAGCCACCGGCAUUAGCCGUGGUGGUCGUCUUGAUAUCCGCUAUCUGAUUACCAACGCGCUGCAGUCGCUGGCUGCACAGCAAGCCCGCCGCCAUGGUAAGAGCACGGGAACGGUUGUGCUGGCGCCACUUAUCAUUGCCCAGCUUGACCAAUACCUGCGCACCUAUCCCUCCUCGUCGUUGCCCGCAUCGCCCUCCGUACGUCUUGUCCUGCUCGAAUAUCCAAUGGAGCUUCUUCCUCUCGUGUUGGCCAUGCAGCAACUGGCAGGCCGGGACCUGAUCCAGGUCGCAAGCGUCAUCACAAUCGAAGAUUCAAAAUACCGUACUGAAUUUCGCCGACCCUUCCAAGUACUACAAGAGCCACUUCUUUCUCCAAGGCUCAGAUUUUCCCCGCCUGUGAAUCUAGGUGUGACUCAAAAGCAGCCGUCGUUCAAGCGGGCCAACUUUGUGUUGACAUCAGCUGCCAAUGAAACGGAUAUCGACGCAUUUGUAGCCUCAAUCCGAAAACUUUUACUGUUGAGCAAAGCUUCGACGGUGACAAGGAUGGCAACAUCACCAGCAGAGGUCAUGUUCCAGAAUGGCAUGAUCCCACUCACGUUAGUAGCCCAACAACAGGGAGAUGCCGGCCGCUACUCAGCUCUAUCAACGGCCACCACGGCCGCUGGGGGUACCGGAAUGGGCAUUGGUAGCAGCGGCAGCAGCAGGAACAGCAAGAUCCGCACACCACCGCGUACAGACAACUUGAUGCAAUCCCCCACGUUGCCAAGUCCACUCGUUGGAAACACUCCUAGUCCGAGGCGGAAAGGGUCUUCUUCGGAGAAGGACAGAAAGCGAGCACCAGCAGAUAGCAACAGUGGCAUAGAGGCCCGGCAGCCCCCUCUUCCUCUCCCCAUCAACACCAAAAAGGUCGUGUCAUCCAAGAUGUCUACCGCUUCCAUUUCGGCUGUCCGGCCCCCAAAAUCGCCCACUCUAUCAAUGGUAUCGCAGCACUCACUGCAGUCGCAGCCAUCGUCGCUACAGUCGUUCCAGUCUCAAUCCGACUCCUGGCGCGCGACGACCAACGAGCAUAGUUAUAUUGCACAAUCCACGGGUUUGGCACCAGCACCCACGGUCCUGCCCAACAGCCGCCUCGUUGCUAAGACCAUACAGGUCAGUGGGUCGACAACGAUGCGGCGGGCCAAGGAGCAGACAGCUACGGUUGCUGCCAACCCUAGCGGUAUCUCCGCGCCUGUUAUCGUCAACAACCUGAAGACCACUUCGACACUGCCGACGUCCUCUGCACGGAGCGACAAUGACAACCUUAGCAACUGGGAUGCCGGCUUGGACGUGUCAGAGGACGGCAACUAUACUUACAAUGAGCCGCCGUUUGCCACCAGCAAUGGCAAUGCCAAAGGCAGCUCAAAGGUUAUUGCCACGAACGGUAAUACUGCUGUCAACAGUGCUAGUGGCGCCAGCACGAGUGUUGCCUAUGGUGGCUACAACGACGACGAAUACGACUCUGGUGAUGACGACGAUGAUUUUGAAAACGACCCUGAUAUGCGCCGUCUCAUGCCGCUAUUUAUGCGUGACCGCGCUGCUCUGCUAGCCGCCAAAGAGGCAGCUGGCAGUCGCGGUGUACGGCCGCAGCCCAUGCGCAGCAAAUCGAGCCAGUUAACGGGCAUCAGUACACCGACUGUUUCGGCUUCUGCAACCAUGCCACCGACACAGGGUCCACCGCAAGUCAUGAGUAUGACUGGCGAUGGCCUCCGCGGCAAGUCCAGCGUCGGCAGCAUCCACAGCCAGCACAGCCAUGCUAGCAGCCUUGCCAACAAAAACAGCAACGAGGGUAAGAAGGCCCUUAAAUGGCUAGGCUUGGCCUAA